AUGCUGGGUAAUUAUGAAGAUGGAUAUGACGGACUUGAGGAACUUUGUCCUGCGCUUCCUUAUGACCGUUCCUCACACUUCCCUCACGUGGACGAGCAGUCGGUACACAAGGAUCACUCCAGAGCCGCUCCAGACUGUGUGUCCGUCUCCGGCCCUCCUUCGGCUGAGAGCUGGGACAGUUUACCGGCCCUGUGUCCCCCGCUGGAGCCGCUGUCCCCUCUACAGUCCAGUGACUCUGACGGCGGUCCGUCUCCAGAGUUCAGCGGCUCGAGCCGCAGGCCGGACGCGCCUCCGCUGACUCACACGCUCCCACUGAAUUUGAACAGAAAACUGUCAAACGCCAAGAAACCCACAGCAUAUGUGAGGCCGACGGUCGGUCAGGAUCAGGUGACCAGCGAUUCACCCGAACUGAAGGCCUCACCGGAGUCUUAUGAGCACUUACUGGACCUGAAGGAUAGCAGCAAAACAAACCUUCCCGCUCUGCAGUCUGCUGAUAGUGUGUGUGGUGUGUGUGUGGAGGACAUUCUGCAGGAAAUGACCUUGUGGCCUCCACUUCUGACCACCAUUUGCACGCCAACCACAGCAGAGCCUCCUAAGUUCUCCUCCACUAAUGAGGAGACAUGUGGAUUCCAGAUUCUCAAAGCUAAUGAAUCAUCAGACAAGUUCAAGUUCAGCUGGAAUCUCAGUGAGUAUCAGAUCAGAUCUUUGUCUCUAGUCUACAUGAAGCUGUUUACAUGCUCUAUCUCUGUGUGUGAGCCCAAACCAGCUCCAGCUUCCUCUGAGAGCAACACCUCUUCAGGACGCAAGAGAACGGUGGAGAGGGAUGAAAAGUCUUCAAAGAAGAAACAGAAACUGGACAAAGAGGGAAAACAUUCUUCCUUCUCUCAGCAAAGCCUCCACCAAUCAGAAGACACAACGAGGAAGAAGAAGAGUGUGAAACACAGCUCAGAUCUUCUUCAGGAGUCACACAAAGACUCGGGACGCCAGCAGAAGAAAGCAGACACUCAUGGGAAGAAGAGCAGGAAGGAUGUCGCGGUGAAGGUGUGUCCUCGAGCGCUGCUGCCGGCCGAUCGCAGGAAACUCUCAGUGGAAGAUCAUUUGAAGGAAGCCAAAAAGCUGAAGCACAAAGCAGAUGCUACGCUGGAUAAGAUGGAUAAAGCGCUCCGAUAUCUGGAAGCUGCACUGUCAUUCGUGGAGAGUGGCGUCGCCAUGGAGACAGAGCCACAGACGCCCAAAUCUGCGUACACCAUGUUCUCUGAGACGCUGGACCUGAUCAGGUUUAUUCUCAAGCUGAAGAACUACACGGAUCCGUCAGCUGCUGUCCACGAGAGAGACUUCUGCGUCCUGUGGAGUGCGGUCUCGUCUCUGGUCGAUCCUCAGAACAUCCAGCAGGUGGCGGUGGCGUACGUCAGCAUCACCGAACUCUUUCUGAGCGCUCUCGAGGCGUGGGAGCAGGCGGACGAUAUCGCUCUCAGAGGCAGCGGUUUGCUGCGAGAGCUGGAUUCAGCCGUCGGUGCUCCGAGUCUGACGUCCUCCACCAGCGCUUUAGUGCGAUACACACGACACGGCCUGCACUGGAUCAGACACGACACACAGAACCUGCUUCUUCUAGAUAGCGACGUCUCAUUGGUCAAAUCCUUUGGCACUUUUUAAAUAGAGCACCAAGUAUUUCCUGUCCAUCAGUAUUUCCUUUCUUUCUUCAUCUUGGGUCAAGAGCAGCUGAUGUGGAUUGACUCCCAAAUUAGGAUUUUUUUUUUACUUUCUGUGAACUUUGGAAGAUUAAAAUACUGUAAAAAUGGAAUAUCAAUAUGAAACUAUUUGCAUUUAUUUUAAAUCCCACCUGGUUUUCUACAACCUAACUAAACUCCUAAAGGGCAAAAGUCUGAUUUGAUUGUUGAUUAUCAAAUCUUCAUUGAAAGUGGUUUUUGUGCCUUAUUGUUUUGGGUGACUGAGUUCAGUUGACAUUAAUACUGAGACCUGAAGAUCUGUUUCCUCAGGAUGCACUUGGAUAUGAAUUGAAUUAAAUUUUUAUUAUUCUUUA